AUGGCUCCCACCGACAAGGCACAGAAGGGCAGGAAGACCCGAUCGGCUCUUAACGACGUCGUCACUAGGGAGUACACCAUCCACCUCCACAGGCGCGUCCACGAUGUCGCCUUCAAGAAGCGCGCUCCCAAGGCCGUCAAGGCCGUCAUCGAGUUCGCUCAGAAGACGAUGGGCACCAAGGACGUCCGCAUCGACCCCAAGCUGAACCAGGAGAUCUGGAAGUUCGGUGUCAAGGACUUCCCCAGGCGACUGCGCGUGCGCCUCGAGCGCAAGAGGAACGACGACGAGGGUGCCAAGGAGAAGCUCUACACAUACGCCGUCCCGAUCCUCGGCCUCGGCAACGCCAAGGGCCUUCAAACCACUGUCAUCGACCAGGAGUAA